AUGGUACAUAUAGGUGGUAAAAGACAAAUCAAGUUCCAAAGUAAUUCCUCCAAUAUUUUGCCGCCUUUAGGAAAGCAAGACGGAAGCACACACCCGUGUAAGAGUGAACAUUGCGGUGGCGGCGUUGGAAGGAAUAUCGCUGAGGCUUUAUGGAGAAUGAGAAAUGGUCGCGUGCGUCUGCUUACGGCUAUUGGAAAUGAUGAAGACGGGAAUUAUUUACACAAUAUAGCACCAGGAUUGAUACUUGAUGGCAAGUUAUAUAACAGUUGCGUGAUAAAUAAUGCGCGCACAGCUAAAUAUGCAGCGGUUUUUGAUGGUAAAGGUGAAUGUAUUUUGGGACUGGGCGAUAUGGACAUACAUGAAUGCAUAAGUAUUGAUCUCGUCGAAAAACAUCUAGAUAUGUUGAAAAAGGCGCCAUUGAUUGUACUAGACGGCAACAUACCCAUCUCAACUAUGGAAUACAUACUCAAAAUAUGUGACCAAUACAAAAAACCAGGUAUGUUCAUAUGA